CGCAAUUUCUAAAUACACCGGUUUGUAUCGCAUAUCCAUCGGCAUCGCAUCAAACUAUAUAUUUUAAUAUAUGCACCUGCACUGCUAGUCACUGAGAUAGUCACGUAUACAUAUAUUUUUAUACCUAUUUCAAAUACAUCACAGCUACCUAGAUCAGCUACCUAAAUCAACAUGUCUGAGCCAAGCGAGGAGAAGCCCGACAUUAAGGGCGAGGGAGGUGGUGAGCAGUUGCACCUGAAGGUUGUUACGCAAGACGGAACCGAAGUCGAUUUCAAAGUUAAGAAGACGACACCCCUUUUCAAGCUAAUGAACGCAUACUGUCAAAGACAAGCUAUCGAUCGCAAGAGUGUUCGAUUCGUCACACCGGAAGGAACCGUCGUACAAGACGAUAUGACUGCCACUGAUUUGGAGCUAGAGGAUGGGGACUCCAUCGACGUCAUGCAAGAACAGACCGGAGGAAUGUAAAACAUACGAGAAUGUAGGAACGCUUAUUGAUAAGAACUGUUUGGUUAGAUACAAACCAAACACGCGCGGAAAGCUCGACUCAUAUAACCUUGGCACACCACUGCCAUUCGUAUCUCUAUAAAUGUAACAUUUCGUCGGCUUAAACUGAUGGC